GCGAGCGGGCAGAGCGAGCUAGAAAAGGUAGGCAGCGCGCUGCAUCCUGGGUACAUAGCUCCACUGUGAUGCAGCGAGCCUGUUGUGUUGACUGGAAACCCGAGUAAAGUAAACGGGGGAGGGUCGGCUACCAGGGGGCAGCUCUCGGCGAGUUACAAUGCGUCUUUCACGGUGCUGAACGGGUCCUCGGAGAACCAUGAGCCAACUUCGCCGGUCGCCUCGAAGCGGAGCGAGUCACUCUUGAGCCCCGAGAACGUGUCGCUGUAGGCAGCGGGAGAAGAACAUGAAGAAGCCGAGCGCCCUGCUCCCUGUUGUCGGCUUGACUGGGAAAUGGUAGCGUGCUGUGGGAACCGCACUGGGAAGGAUCAUGGUCGAGAGGAGCAGCAAAUUCUUGUUGAUCGUCGUCGGAUCCGUGUGUUUUAUGCUGAUUCUCUAUCAGUACGUGGCCCCCGGGGUGAUCAAUUUCGGCUCUCCGCACGGUUAUUUCACGGAAGAAGACGAGGGGGACAUCUUCCCCACUCCGGACCCCCACUACGUGAAGAAAUACUACUUCCCCGUCAGGGACCUGGAGAGGACGAUCGAUUUCCAAAUUAAAGGCGAGGACGUGAUCGUGUUUUUGCACAUCCAGAAGACCGGGGGGACUACCUUCGGCCGGCACCUGGUCCAGAAUGUCCGCCUGGAGGUCCCCUGCGACUGCAGACCGGGCCAGAAGAAGUGUACCUGCUACCGGCCGAACCGCAAGGAGACCUGGCUCUUCUCCCGGUUCUCCACCGGCUGGAGCUGCGGCUUGCACGCCGACUGGACCGAGCUCACCAACUGUGUGCCGGGGGUCCUCAACAAGAAGGAGAACAAGCAGAAAACCCUGAGGAAGUUCUACUACAUUACUCUGCUGAGGGACCCCGUGUCUCGCUACCUCAGCGAGUGGAGGCACGUGCAGCGGGGAGCCACGUGGAAAACCUCCCUGCACAUGUGCGAUGGACGAACCCCGACGCCCGAGGAGCUGCCCUCCUGCUACGAGGGGUCCGACUGGUCGGGCUGCACCCUGCAACAGUUCAUGGACUGUCCCUACAACCUGGCCAACAACAGACAGGUUCGUAUGUUAGCAGACCUGAGUCUGGUUGGCUGCUACAACAUGUCCACGGUUCCAGAGAAGAAGAGAGCUCAGCUUCUCCUGGAGUCGGCCAAGAAGAACUUGCGAGACAUGGCCUUCUUUGGUCUGACGGAGUACCAGAGGAAAACCCAGUUCCUCUUUGAGCGAACCUUCAGGUUGCGCUUCAUCAGGCCUUUCAUGCAGUACAACAGCACCAGAGCUGCAGGGGUGGACCUGGACAACGCCACGGUCCAGCGCAUAGAGGAGCUGAAUGAACUGGACAUGGAGCUGUACGACUACGCCAGGGACCUGUUCCAGCAGCGCUACCAGUACACCAGGCAGCAGGAGAGGCGGCAGCAGCGCAUCAAGAACCACAUGCAGCAGAACCACCUGGGCGUCAGCCUGUGGCCCUCCCGCAGCCGGCAGAGCCUGGUGUCGACGCUGGAGGACGGCGAGGGGGAGAGGGAGGAGCGGGAAGAGGGCGAGGAGGGAGGCAGAACGGAGGAGGCGGGCAGCAGGCUUCCCACUGAGGACUACAUGAACCAGAUCAUCAACCGCUGGUAGCAGCAGAAUGAGAACAAACAGACACGCAUAUGUAAUGUGAAAUACAUGCACAUAUACACAACAACACGCGCACACUUACAUUCACAGAAAGUGGCUCCUGCUUCAAAGACCCAAAUGACUGACAAACAGACUUUAUCAGAGAGUCGGGCUGCGAGAAUCAGAGUCCAAGUGGGUUGCUAUGGAAACCUGAGCUUGGUCGAUUGCAUCAGCUCACAUUAUUGAGGUUUGCCCAGUUGUUAUUAGCGCCUGCUUGCCCUUUCCCUCCCGCCGCGUUUCUUUGUCUCUCCCAUCAUCAUUACUGACUGAGCAGAGGAGAGAUAUUUUUAAAAGUUGCUGACAACCGAGUAUCUCAACAACCUCUCCCGCCUCCGCUGCGCCUCCUGUAUCCCUCUCGUUCUCUGUGGCCUGAUAUGGAGCAUGAGAGAACAAAACCAAGUCUGUGAAUUCCCACUAAUCCUCGCAAAAAAGUAAAAAAAACAAGACUAGUCUACUUCCUGGAUGCUCCGAUUUCAAAGGAACUGGGAAAGCUAUGAAAGUAUGCUGAUGGCUGGGCUGAACAAAGAAAAUGGUGGGAGUACAUUAAAAGACUGUACUACAAAGAAAGAAAGCGAGAAGAAGAUGGACUCAGUUGUGUAAUAAAAGCUUUCUGCUUAAAAAAAAAAAAAAUCAGCCAUUUCACCCAUGAACACGCUUUGGUCAUGAGAUAGUGACAGUCUCAUUUUAGGAUGUUUUCAUUUGUAUUUUCCUUUUAUGUUUUAUGCUUUUUUAAAAGCAGAAUUGUAAUAACACUGAGACCAAUAUUGCUGCCUAAAGAAAAGUGAUUCCUUUAUUUCUUUAUUUUUAUUUGUUUUAUAAGUCAAAGCUAAUGGAUUGGAAUGAGUACAAUGGACCAUAGCCAUUACUGAAGCCUUGCUUCGUGGGGGAGAAAAGUGGCCUGUUUUUCUGUUAAAGGUUUCCAAAGCUCCUGUCGCUUAACAAGUUCAUUAUUUCUUCUUUUCUCUCCUUAUUUUAGGGGUGGGGGUUCAGUCCUGCAGAGAAUGACAGCCAAUUACAGAGCCGAAUCUCACAUAGGUGCGAAGAAAUCAAAGGCAAGGAGAGGAGGGAGACGAAUGACUCUGCUGUAGGUUGUUGCCAGGAACUGUGCUGCGUGAGCGGCAAGCGCUUUGGAAGCCUUAACGCAGACAAAUGCUUGAGAUGGGAGCUGUGGAACUACUGGUCACCAUGGCAAUGUGGGCUCUUAAUGUAGUGGGUGGCAUUUUUAGUUUCUCGAUUUGUUUUUUUUCUUUUUCCUUUCUGGCUGUGUUGUAAAAAGCGGCAGUCUCAAACAAGCCUCCGUCCCACCUGCUGCAAGGGCUCGCACGCCACUGGUGACCCGUAGUUCAUUAGGCUGAGCUAUAUUUUAGUCGGUUUUUACCCUGAAGAACGGACAGGGCGAGGUAGCAGUGCCUCUAUGUACUGGGAUCAUAGUCAACAUAAUUAUUGCCAGAUAUUACGUCUGCAUUAUACUACAGUAAUUUCUCUGACUACUCGUGAGUCCGUGUGUGUGUGUGUGUGUGUGUGUGUGUGUGUGUGUGAGAGUGUGUUUCUGUGUGUGUGUAAAUAGUAUGUACAGUAUGCCUUUAAUUGGCGUAUGUGUAUGCCUUUGUAAAUAGUGUGCCUGACUGACAGAGGAUGUCUGCUGAGUUUUGUGAAUGACUGGUUUCAUGACCAAGUAUCUUGCCAUUUUGUUUUUGUUUGUUUUGGGGUUUUUUGGUGGUGGAGGGCAGCGCAACAAAGUCCCUCCAACAGCAUGUCACAGCAGCCUGACCAACAAAGUGAUGCAAGCCAAUAAUACUCCCCCUGUCCUGUCCCGUCCUUAACCCCCUUUCUUUCUCCCUUUUCUUGUCUCCUUCCCAUGAAGUGGUAUCAAGAUUGUGUCACUAGAGUUAUCUAAAAUUGUAAUUUACAUUGAACAAAAUCCACCUUUAUGACAUAUUUUCCUCUAAGUCAGGUUGGCAGGCUCCAUGUUUUUUUAUUCGAUCAUGACCUUAAUACUCUGUACAUUAGUUUGAGUUUCAGCCAUGUAGCACUCCCCACGCAAACCUUAGAAGGAAAUCUAAACUUUACUUUUUUAUCCAGCAGCUGGUCGCAUCUUUAAAGGCGUUUCCCUGAUCUCAUAGGGCUAAGCUGUUUGCACGGGGCCAAGCCAAAGUAUUUCCCCAGACUGUGCUGGAUGCUGGCACUGCUUGGGCAGCUGACUUAUCGUACGGUUCACAAAAGAUGUGAUUUAAACGCUGCUUCAGCCCCAGGUGAACAAUUUGAUAUCCAUUAUAGAAAGUAAAAUGUUGAGGUAUCACAAAAUACAAUGUUUAGUUUUUUUUAAAAAUAUAUAUUUGUGUAGGGAAAACUGUUAAAAUAAAUCAUAUUCUGGGACAGAAUGGGCCUUUGAGGGGUGACUAUGAAUUACAGUAAGUAUGAUCGGUCUUUGUACAGUACAGUAUGGGCAGUUAGUCUUAUUUAACAGAAAUCGGUGUAAAUUCCUGUCAUUUCUGACCAUUUUGAUGAACAAAGAUGUCUAUAAUGCCUGACGAAAUGGACCCCCUUUUAACAAAACUGGUUAUAAAUUAUGGAUAUUUUUUUAAAAAUUCUUAAUUCUUUUUAUUUUGGUGUUUAUGAUUUUGUUCUGGCCCUGUUUAAAAUCUCUUUUUGCAGGAAAAGGACUAAUGUACAGAGUGAAAAGGUCUAAGACGGGGCUGAAAUGGCAGCAGUUGAAGUCAAUUGAUGUCAAUCCACUUUAAAUCCAUGACAGCUAAAAUAGAACUUUCAGCUUACGAUUGUUUUAUUUUGUGUGGUUUUUUUUUUAAAAUCACUACUCAGCAACUGCAAGUGGACUUCACAUUGAUUUCAGUAGAAUCUUUCAGUCAUAUGAUCGAUUAAAUUCAUAAGCUUGAGGUUAUGAAAUAGAGGUGUGAAAGUAAGCUACAUCUGCUCAUUGUCAGAUACAUUCAAGCAAGAUUUAACUUUCAUCCUGUUUUAGGUGAUGACGGUUCUUUUAGCUGACUAUAGAAGCUAUUUUCAAAUUUUAAAAGCUCAUUUUAAUUGGAUGCAAUAAGGGAUUUAGAAGGGAUCGAUGCUGGAUUCUAGUUGGAUAAAAUCCCCCAACCGUCAUCUACAAGCAAAGAGCAAUAAGAGGAGAAAACCAAUGAGCAAGUGGAGAAAAGAAUGUAAAAGUGCGAAGGGAAGAAACUGAAUGUAGUCCAGGUUUAGUGUCAUCAGUCAGAGGAUGUGUUGCAGUCAACCUGCUGCCUUUGUAUUUAGAUAAUAACACAAUGCAUCUUGUUGUUAACAAUAGAUUUAUUUAACUCUCAAAGAAGGGGACAAUUUAGCUGCCCGCCAUUUUCUUGUUAGAUUUCAGCUAAUCACCCCGGAUCCUCCUGUCGUCCUGUGUCUGUCUAUUUGAUCAGCUCCUUUUUAAAUCAGGGAUGAUUCAUGAAUGGAAGGAGAGAAGAACAAGGGGGGAUGAUGAAAGGCGUUGGGACACAUCCAGAGUCAAUAUGCUUCUUUUUUUGUGUAGCCUUCAAAGUAAUGCAAUAGGGACAGAGAAAUGGAUAUGGAAAGAGUGAUCUCUCCUUUUUUCAUAUCAACUUCCCCGUCAUUGUGUUCUCGAAACUGGAGACUUGAAAACACACUGCAGCUCCAGGCGUUUUGCCCACGACUUCUUUUUCAGAGUCAGCCUUGCAUUAGUCCGUGUUUUGGGCUCCAAACCAAUAUCUGGCUCUGCAUUAGCAGUUGAAGAAGGAAUAAAGAACCAAUUACCUACUUUGAGACUGUUUUAUUUUCAGUGUUCCAGUCUUGAGUGACCGUCAAGUUCAAAUAAUCCCCGAACCUGAACAGUGUGUGAAAGAAAAAGUCAAUCCUUUCACUGAAAUGAUUCCAGAAAUUGAUGCUGUAAAGCUAUACUCAAAUAUUUUAUGUCUCAUCACUAUGUAUAUCUGAUGUCUUAACAGCGUUUCCUUUGUGACAAUGAAGCAACCCAGGUGUCGCUACCAUCAUCAUCCUAUUUUUUUAUUUUAUUUUUUUUAAAAGAUGUGUUAAAGAGAGUGUGAUAGAGACUUGUUUUUUGAAUUGGUGUGCAGUCUGUCUCUGGCUCUUUCUGUAUGCAUCUCUCUGGGUUUGUUUCUUAUGAUUGCAAAAAUGAAUCAUCAAGCCACCAAUUAAAAUAUUUCAUUUUUACAGACCUGA